AAGUAAAUAUUUUUCAGUGAGUGUGAUUUCAUUUUAUAAUUUUAAUAAAAUUAUUAAAAUCUUAUAAAAUGUCGAACAAAAGGAAACCAGAUUCUCAAGUUCCUGCUGAAGAAAGCGACCAAUUGACCAUUCGUCCUUUGGGAGCUGGGCAGGAAGUGGGACGUUCCUGCAUCAUGAUCGAAUACAAAGGCAAGAAAAUCAUGCUGGACUGUGGAAUCCAUCCGGGCCUUUCAGGCAUGGACGCUUUGCCUUUUGUAGACCUAAUUGAAGCUGACGAAAUCGAUUUACUCCUAAUAUCACAUUUCCAUUUAGAUCACAGUGGGGCCUUGCCGUGGUUUCUUUUGAAAACCAGUUUCAAAGGAAGAUGUUUCAUGACCCACGCCACUAAAGCUAUUUACAGGUGGUUGCUUUCUGAUUACAUUAAAGUCAGCAACAUUGCAACCGAGCAAAUGCUCUACACCGAAGCUGAUUUGGAGGCUAGCAUGGACAAGAUAGAAACUAUUAAUUUUCACGAGGAAAAAGAUAUAAUGGGCAUUAAGUUUUGGGCUUACAAUGCUGGACAUGUCUUAGGGGCUGCUAUGUUUAUGAUAGAAAUUGCUGGAGUUAAAAUACUUUAUACUGGAGAUUUUUCUAGGCAGGAAGAUAGGCAUUUGAUGGCAGCAGAAAUUCCUACAAUUAGGCCAGAUGUUUUGAUUACGGUAAGUAUAAUAAGCUCCUAG